AUGUUUGAGAAAGAAAUUGUGACUUUCUCUUCGGAGCAAGACGGGGAAGCCUUCAACCUAGUCGGUGCAACCAUUCUGGUCGACGAGUCGGAUCCGGUCGGCAUUCACAUUGCGGCACAGAACCUUGCCAAGGACUUCGGCCGUGUGACCAGAUCCAAUGCAAGCCAGGUCGCGGUCUUCAAAAGCGAUAAGACCAACGUCUUUUCGGAACCGAUUGCAGCCAUCAUCAUCGGGUGCGUUCAUUCAAGCCAACUGAUUCAGAAAUUGGAGAAGGAGGGCAAACUGGACGCUGGAAGGAUCCGCGGGAAAUGGGAGUCAUUCACUACCGCUCUGAUCGACCAGCCUGUGCCAGGCGUCAAGAAGGCGCUUAUCAUCGCCGGAAGUGACAAACGUGGAGCAAUAUUUGGCACUUACACGCUGUCUGAACAAAUCGGCGUUUCACCCUGGUACUACUGGGCGGACGUGCCGCCUAAGACCCACAAGAACAUCUUCGCAUUGAGAACCCAGACUUAUCAUGGAGAACCAAGUGUUCGCUUCCGCGGUCUCUUCAUCAACGAUGAAGCCCCCGCUCUGACGGGUUGGGCCAGGGCAAAGUUUGGAGGUUAUAAUUCCGAAUUCUACAAGAAAGCAAACUUCCUAUGGCCAGCAAUGUGGCCAGGCUACCCAAACCCCGGCGCAUCUUUCUUCACCGACGAUCCCGAGAACGCCCAGGCCGCUGACGACUACGGUAUCGCCGUGUCUACAUCGCACCACGAGCCCAUGCAGCGGUUGUCAAACGAGUGGUUCGUGGACAAUCCCGACGGCAGCUGGAAUUGGCUCACGAACAAGGAGAAGAUCACCGGGUUCUUCGACGAAGGCGUCAAGAGGGCCAAAGGCCGCGAGUCCUACUUUACGCUGGGCAUGCGCGGAGAAUACGACCGGAAGAUGAAGACGGAUGACCCAGCCGCAGUGGUGCGCGACGUGAUCAAAACUCAACGGGCCCUCAUCAAGCAGGUCCAUGGAAGCGAGGACGCUGUGCCUCAACUCUUGGCGCUGUAUAAAGAGGUGCAGGAGCAAUACGAGGGGGGAAAUCUUGACGUGCCAGACGAUGUUACUUUGCUCUUUUCCGAUGACAACUUUGGCAGUAUCAGGCGUCUUCCGUCCGGGGCAGAGAAAGAUAGGAAGGGAGGGGCAGGAAUCUACUACCACUUCGAGUACGUGGGAGUUCCUCGCAGCUACAAAUGGAUCAACAGCAACUCCAUGGGGAAAACUUGGCAUCAGCUGCAAGAGGCUCACAGACGCAAUGCAAAGCAAGUCUGGGUCUUCAAUGUAGGCGAUAUUAAGCCGAUGGAAGUCCCGUUCACAUUCGCAAUGACCCUGGCUUGGGAUAUCGAUUCUAUCAAUGCCAACGACUUCGCAAAGUUCUAUCAGGGCAUGGCAGAAGUCAACUUCGGAAAGGAGAAAUCAGAGGAAAUUGCAACAAUUUGGCAAAAGUAUGAUCGCCUGGCCGCUCUGCGAAGACACGAACACAUCGAGCCGACAACUUUCUCUCUUGUGCACCACAACGAAGCAGAUGACGUCGUCAGCCGCUGGGAGUCUCUGCUAAUAUCUGCCGAGUGUGUUUAUAAGGCAGCAUCGGAAGAGCAAAAGCCUGCAGUUUUCGAAACGGUGCUGCACCCAGUUAAGGCCUCCACGAUCUUCACGAAACUCCAGAUCACUCUGGGCCGAAAUCGACUCUACGCGCGCCAGCGACGUAACACCGCAAACAAGCUCGCCCGCGAAGUCCUCGACCUCUUUGACGCUGACUACAAUCUUUCCGAGGAAUUCCAUAAGCUCUUGGGUGGCAAAUGGGACCAAAUAAUGCGGCAGACGCACUAUGGCUAUGAAGACACUUGGCACGCCCCGUACCGGGACAUGAUCAGUGGCUUGUGCUAUGUCCAACGCAGGCAGUACUCUAACCCUGUUAUGGGCCAAAUGGGAAUUGCAGUGGAGGGCCAUGAAGGCGUUCGGCCUGGUCGGACGAACGAGGAGUCAGAUCGGACACAUCCUAGUCGACGUGAUUUGGUUCCUGGAGUCACGUUGGGGCAGAUGAGCCGUUACGGACCUUCUAAAAGAUGGAUAGAUAUUUACACCAGGGGACCUCAGGUAAUCCACUGGAAGGUGUCAGUUCCGCACGACUGGUUUCAGUUGUCAGUCAUGGCUGGCACCCUCGAUCCUGAUGGGGACGAUGCUCGAGUCGAGAUCACGGUCGACUGGGACCGGGUCUCGGAUGAUUUUGAUCAAGAGGUUUUGAUAGAUGUUCGGUCUGAGGAAGGUGAUUUUGAACAAGUCCAUCUUUCAGUGACCGGAAGACGCGUACCUGGGGCCUUUAGAGGUGGCUUCGCCGAGGCAGAUGGAUACAUCUCGAUUCCAGCGGCGCAUCGACCUCCGCCAGGAUUCAGAGUCUUUCCCGACUGCGGAAGGACAACAGCAGGCGCUAUUGCCGUUGAACCAACCGAGACUGAUGCCUCAUCGCAGCUUGCUUACAGGUUUCACGUGUUUUCCCAAACCGCGAAACCAGUCUUGUUGCUGUAUUUCAACAUGACUCUCGACCUCGACCCAGCAGACCCGAUGACUUACGAGCUUGAAGUGGAUGGUGGGACUGUCCAAACGCAUAAGCUGCUGCCAAAGACAACUGACCUACCCGAUGGAUGGUUUUAUGCAGUGCAGGACUGUACCUGGUUGCAGAAGCAUGACCUGAGCGAAAGUGGCCUUAGGCCCGGUGAGCACAACGUCAAGAUCAAGCUGAGACAUUCGAAUCUUAUUUUCGAAAAACUGGUGGUCGACCUUGGUGGCAUAAAGGAUAGUUACCUAGGGCCGCCGCCAAGCCCAUACAUUUCUUAG